GCACAUUUGCUACCGGUAUAUUAUACUCUCUCAAACUUGACGAUAUACAAACUUGGAACCACAGCUUGACCAAUUAUAAUUUCAACCUCAUUAAUCAAAUUAGAUCUUUUCGACACGAUGUCCGAGUACUGGAAAUCAACGCCCAGUUACUGGUGCAAGCACUGCAAGCAAUACGUGAAAGAUACCAAGCUCGAGAAAACAAACCACGAAGCCAGUCCGCGCCAUCAAGGCAAUCUCAAGCGAUUCCUGCGCGAUCUCCACCGCGGCCACGAAAAAGACGAGCGGGAAAAGGAUCGCGCCAAAAAUGAAAUCGCCCGUCUAAACGGCAUUGUGAGUGGAAGCGGCGAGGCAGGAAGUUCCUCACAAUCGUCGCGACCCAGUUCCUCGACGCCGAAAGCCCCUGCGACGGCCGCGCAGCGAAAACAACAAUUGGCGCAAUUGGCGGAGCUGGGCGUGAGCGUUCCGGAUGAGUUUAGAUCGGAUUUGGCUAUGGCCGGCGAGUGGCAGGUCACUUCUGAGCGUGUUAUUGAUGAUGGGAGUGGGGAGACGAAACCAGAUGCGAUUGCGCUGGGGGUUCGAAAGAGAGAAGCUGAGGAUGAAGAUGAGGAGGCGAAAGAGACGAAGAAGAGGAGAUGGGGCACAGCGAUCCGCACAUAUCCUACGGAGAAUAACGUCGAUGAUUUAGAUGCUUUGUUGAGCCAUAGCGGUAAAGGCAAGGGUUCUGAUGUGAAAUCCGAAACAAAUGACGGUGUCAAUAUAAAGAUAGAGAAGAAGUCCGAAGAAGACGUGGAACCUCUAGCGAAUAGCAAAAGGGAGGAGGAUCCAGUUGUGAAACCCGAGACACAGGAAGAUGUCGAAAUCGAUAUAAAGCAGAUCCCGGAAGCCACAGAACAGAACAGCGAGCCUGCAGCGUCAGGAGUCGUUUUCAAGAAGAGAAAAGCUAAGAAUAUUCGCCAACGAUGAAAUGUCAUCAGAAUUACUCAAAAUUAAACAGCGAUUCCAGCCAUGGAAACCUCCAUUCUUGGGCAUAUCACAAAAUAGUGAACACAAACGUUCGAGCAAACCCGAUUAGAGUGGGGGAAGAACCUCAUGUUGCGGGGGCGGGGCACAUGCCUACUAAUAUAGGGCAUGUAAAGUUUCCCAUUCAUCGCGAGAUGGAAAUUACCUUCACAAAGAAGUUUACCACGUUGAUGCAACAAUCGAUGGAUACUCCGUUAAGAGAACCUCCUCGCAUUUUGGCUUACGAGUGGAGAGGUAGGUACCGAGUUGCAUAUGUGACUAUUGUGUAGAGAAGAGAAAGAGAAUCUCUCAAUUCGGAGUCAACGUAGCUAAUGAUACGUACAUGAAGGCCAAUAAAGUAAACCCAGAGACUUCUGUCUCGGGCAUUCCCAGAAGAAUUAGUCGACGCAAUAGAAUUUAUUAGUAUCCUACAAUUCA